ACACUGUACACACUAUUUAUCGAAUCGGCAAUUUAUUUAUAUUCUUGAACAAGUUAAUUCAAGGUAUUCUUUUUUGUAUAAUACAUUUAAAAAAUGUCGGAAAACAACGACAUUACCGUCGAUGGGACUUUGCACGUGGAGAGUACGGAGGAGAAGAAGCAAACGUCUUUGCUGUCGAGAUCCAUAAGUAAAAUGAGCAAUGCAAACUACGAUACGAAAAAAACAAUGGCACAAGGUAUGAUGGAUAUUGCACUCCUAACGGCCAACGCCAAUCAACUACGAUACGUUUUGGAGCUUCGCAAAGACAAAUCUACCAAUAUUGUGAUUUUACUGACGUUAAUAGCUUGCAGUCUCGUAUUACAAGUAAUAGUCGGCGUGAUGCUUAUAUUCAAAGGCCGGUUACAUUGCAGUGGUGUGGAAAACACUAAAAUGACUAGAGAUCAGCUUAACAACCACGUGGUCCUCGGAGUGUUUCUCAUAACAGUCAUAAAUAUAUUUAUUUCUGCGUUUACAACAUCGUAAUACGGUGUGAUUUUUACUUAAAUGUCUCUACAGAAUUUCUACAUAAUAUAAUAAACGAAAUCAAAAUAUGUAACCUAGUCUAGUAUAUAGUUUGAUCUACACAGUCUAUCCGAUUAUCGAUAUACAGUCCGAAAAAAAAAAAAUCAAAAACUCCUUCUUCCAAAAAAAUCUGUAGUAAAAUAUUUUAUUAUUAAGGAAAACCCAAAAAAUGUGGAAAAUUAUACUUUGACCGUAGUCAAUUUCCAGAAUGCUAUGUGAGAGUAAAUCAACAGUCAACAGGAAUCUGAAAAUAUGACCAUUAUGUUGUUAUUAGUUAUUAGAAUAAACAGAUAACAACGACAACAAAUUAUUAUAGACAGACAAUCAACAUAUUCGGUAACAUUUGGACCAGGUACGUAUUUAGGUACGUACACAAAUAUUUUAAAUUUGUAAAUUUUCAUUCAAUUUACCUAAUAAAAAUUACAUUAUACAUUUAAAAUUUGACUAAAUAUAAAUACUUGUACCCCUUUAGAUAAUUUAUCAUCAUCUUUCUGGAUAGUCUACGAUCUUCGAGUACAUUUUCAACUUAACGGACGGUGUGUGGCGCAAACAAGCUAAAACGAAUACAAAACAUGAGUUUGGAUACACACAAUUUUUAAUUUUAACAAUAUUAUACCUGUAAUCCAGACAACAGCAACAGUCAUUGUUUAAAAUUAAGAUGUAAAGACUAUAUAAUUCAGAUUUAGAGAAUUUAUUAAUCUAUUAUAAAUU